CUGACGUGGGACCGGCCCCUCCUGGGUUCUCUGGAUAUAAAGGGACCGGACCCAGACCCACUCAGACACUGACUUCUGGGGACCGCUCAAGCAAGACUUGAAGAAGCUUUUGGACGUAUUUUUCUGUGUUUUUGAGGACAUCUUUGAGACAUGGCAUCGGCUGGGUUUCAGAUUCUGGGAAUUGCCCUGGCCAUCAUCGGGUGGGUGGGGGCCAUCGUCACCUGCAUCGUCCCCCAGUGGAGGGUGACGGCCUUCAUCGGUCAGAACAUCGUCACGGCUCAGACCACCUGGCAGGGCAUAUGGAUGGAGUGCGUGGUCCAGAGCACGGGCCAGAUGCAGUGCAAGGUCUACGACUCCAUGCUGGCGCUCUCGCAGGACCUGCAGGCGGCCCGGGCCCUCAUGAUCAUCUCCAUCCUGGUGGGCAUCCUGGCCAUCUUCAUGGGCAUCGCAGGAGGCAAGUGCACCAACUGUGUGGAGGACGAACGCACCAAAGCCAAGAUCUGCGUCGCAGCUGGGGUCACCUUCAUCAUCGCYGGCGUUCUGUGCCUCAUCCCCGUCUGCUGGACGGCCAACUCCAUCGUCAGAGAGUUCUACGACCCGAUGCUGGGGAGCGCGCAGAAACGAGAGCUGGGAGCGUCGCUCUUCAUCGGAUGGGGCUCCGCGGCCCUCCUCAUCCUGGGCGGGGGGCUCCUCUGUGCCAACUGUCCCGCCAAAGACACCUACUCUGCCAAGUACACCGGACCCCGCUCCACCGCCCCCAAAGACUACGUCUGAGCCGGGUCACCAGACCACGUCUGGACUUUAGAUCCACGAGUUCCAGCUGCUUCAUCAGGAGAAAACGAUGGGAGCCACACCCGAAAACACCGGAGGACACAUCUGAAAAUGAUUGAUGAGCAGAAGAGACAGAGUUCUGGGACAUUUGUUUUUAUUCUUUUCUGUUAUUUACAUUUGUUUUUAUUCUGUUAUUUACGUGCAUUUCAUUCAUGUUUUACACAUUUCAUAUUAAAGUACUUUUUGUGAACUGUAAAUAAAGUUUGUUUUUGUAUUCAGA